AUGUCAUCUAUUUCGGACAUAGAACAUCAAAUAAUGUCAUCUAUUUCGGACAUAGAACAUCAAAUAAUGUCAUCUAUUUCUGACAUAGAACCUUUAAUAAUUUCGGACAUAGAACAUCAAAUAAUGUCAUCUAUUUCGGACAUAGAACAUCAAAUAAUGUCAUCUAUUUCGGACAUAGAACAUCAGAUAAUGUCAUCUAUUUCGGACAUAGAACAUCAAAUGAUGUCAUCUAUUCAGGACAUCGAACAUUAA